AUGAGGGCUGCAAGAAAGCAUGCUUCAGCAUCUUCUACAGGGGCUGUAGCAUCUCGGUCUGAAGCUGCAGAUGCCGGCACCCAGAUCCGUCUGCACAGCCGAUGGAUGGACAUGGCCACUCAGAGUGUUGCUGUCGAGGGCCCAACCACCAACACACGCCAGAAGGCUUAUGCGCGCUUGAGUAUGAUCGGUGGGAGGCAUUCCAAGCUCGCCAACAGUGAAGUCAUUAAGCCGUUCCACCCGUAUGGUGCUUUCAGGAUUUGCUGGGACAUCAGUGCCAUGGUGUUGAUAGUCGGUGACAGCAUUACACUGCCACCAGCUUUGGCCUGGAACGUGAAAAUGGGGAUUUCCGAUGACGUUUUCGGUUCUUUCUUGUGGUUCAGCUUCUGGGUAAGUUUAGCAUAUUGGACCGCUGAUUUGUUUGUGAAUAUGAACACCGCCACCUACCACAAAGGAGUCUUAAAGACAGGAUACUCGACCAUUCUUGCGAGCUACAUGCGCGGCUGGCUGUUUUUCGACGUGCUUUUGCUAGCUCUUGAUGUCGGGUAUGGCCUGUCCGAGACAAGCCUGUCGGCAGAACUUCGGCUGUUUCGGGUGUCGCGGAUUCUGAGACUCUUACGACUCUUGCGAAUAUUGAAGCUGACGAGGGUCAAUGCUAUUAUCGAAGAAACCGCAGCAAACAGCGGGCAUCAGUCGGUCACGGUCAUCACAGGCAUCACAACUACUGCGAUCGCCAUGGCUUUCUGUGCACACCUAUUGACAUGUAUGUGGUAUGCGAUCGGACGUGGUUUGGAAGAGAGCCAAGAGGUCCAGAGCUGGACCCAACUCGCAGAAGCCGACAGCGUUCCGGAAUGGGUCCAGUACCUUCAUGCUAUGCGCUGGAUAAUCAAUGCACCAGCGCCCCCGCUCUUGGACGCAGGGAGUGGGUUGGAAAGGGGUGCUGACAUUCUAGUGUCAAUUUUCUGUCUCGCUGCGAUGGGUAUGGGAAUUUCGAAAAUUUCCGACACCCUCGCCGAGCUUCGUGCUAUGAACGAAGCUCGGGACCGUCGGCGACGAGAAGUGAGACAAUAUCUCAAUCAGCAACACGUGCCUUUCGAGCUGGUGUCCCGAAUCAUGCGCUUCGUUGAGUAUCGGCUGGAAAAGUUUUCAUCCACGUCUUUAGAUACAUCGUUGAUCUCGCCGACGCUGCAACUGGAACUGUAUGUCAGCCAAAGAAGCAUCCACGUCCUUGAGCUUCCGAUUUUCAAGCUACUGCAGGAGUGCUAUUCAGACGUUUUCGGCUCCCUCUGCGCAGCCCUGGAGAAGCACGUGUACGACAAGGGCGAACACAUAUUUAUUGCUGGUUCUUGGGUGUCUUGCCUUCACAUCACCGCCACUGGCACCUACAGCUAUAUCGAAGGUUUUGACGCCGAAGGUGACGCUGCAGAGUUUACAGGGACCAAGUGGUUCGGGGAGUUGUCGCUUUAUGCCGACGGUACUUUGCAUCAGUCGACGCUUUCGGCGCAGACCUUCUGCGAGACCUUCUCCCUGCGAGGGCCGGACCUGGCACGCUGCGUGGCCCAGUCGCGCGGCUGCACCACCAUGUUCUGCGAUUAUGCCAAGGAGUUCGUGUCUGCCAUGCAGACCAGCAAGACUAAGUGUGGAGAUGAAGAGCAGGUUCACUGCGCCGCGACAUGUUGCAGGAAAAACCAACACUACUUGGAGCUUUAUCCAGACCCAAAGACACAGCUCAAGAACAUCACAAUCCCUUUGAAACGCGGCGAUGCCACUGCUACUAGCUCCAAGAGCUUCUCAAUCUUGCGCUUCAUCCGCAAGCCAGGAAGGCCGACAGAUGCCACAGCCCAGGCAGCCCAGGACCAGGAGCUGGGGAAUUCGACGCCCGGAUGCGCGGAAUCGAACGUGGAGCAUGUGGAAGUUCAUCCAGAUGCCUCGAUUACAAGUUUGUGGCCGCGCCUCGAUGUUUCUGCUGAGCACAUCAACCCCGGCUUGGACUUGUACUUGAAAAGCUUGGGGGUCCGUGCCAUGGAAACGUACAAGCUGACGCAAGAAUUACAGCUUGUUAUUCCCGAGCUGCACUUCGAACACAGUCCACACGUGGUGUUUGAGCAGCCGGCUGAAAGAGAGAGGGCAGAGUCCUCGUGCAUAAGCGUGCUGGCACUUUUCAAGAACCGCUACGACAUCUUUACACAUCCACAGGCUCCUCAUCAACGGCUGGAUGAGACGCAGUGGUUGGAGCUACAGUCUCUGCUGAGUUGGAUAGAUCCCGACGUCGAGCAUAUGCAGGCCGUGAUGGUUCUGCUGGCCAUCCGCGCGCUUGGAAAGUCCAAAGCUGUCCUGCAGCAGAUGCCACGAGAGAUGAGGCGUCCGGAGAAGGCAAUACUUCAGCUUAUGGCCAGCGAGAAGAAUGUCGUGCCGUCCGUCUGGUGGUUAUCUGAACGCGGGGCGAAGUGCAUUGAGAAUGCCCUCGAGAUUCAUGAGCUCUUCAACCUUGCCCAAAUGUUGCAGGGCGAAAACCUUCCGGCAAACAUUGUGCAACUGCGCAGGUGCAUAGAGGAGAAAAGUGAAGAGCAGUUCCGCUUCUACAUCCUGUUCCUGCUCGGGUUCAUGAGUGGCAUUGCAGCAGGAACGGGUUCUCGCUUCAUGAACGGCAAGAAUGCAUCUGCAGUCAUCAGUGGCAUUCGUCUGCUGAAGCGCCUCAUGGAGUGCCCACCAGCUGCGAUUUAUUGGGGCUACUUGGACGAGAGAGCCCGCAAAUUGAACUUGAACUUCAGUUCUGCGGAGGACCUCGUGCUCGUUCGCCUCUCAUGCUUGGCACGAGUCCAAGACGAGAAAGACUACCUGCAGCUACGAACAUCAUGGGAUGCAUUGAAAGCCCGAGAGCGAAUGGCCUUGAUAGAUCACUUCCUAGCAGAUGGCAUUCAGGAGCAAGCCUUCAUGCUCGAGUUUUUGCCAAACUGCGUUGCGAAUGCGAAGGCCAACCACACGGUGGGCUUUGCGGGACUACUUGGUGUCUUGGUAGAUCUGCUGAGCAAUCUGCGUUCGAGCAUAGACUCAAUGCCAAACAUGGACAAGGUCAUCCCAGUCGACCUCUCUGAGAUGGCAGAGUUCAUUGCUGUGGUGCAAAACAGGUUUGUGUUCUUGACAUGCGUUUCGAGAUGCCAGCUGCAGUUUGUUGGCCAGAGAGUUUUUCUGAAGAUGACAGGAGGCAACUGGGGCCGGACCGCAGAUCCAGAUUCGGACAUGACCAGCCUUGCGUACACACUGCAGGACAUUCUGCAAAAGCAAGAGUUCUUGGAGGCAUACCUUGUGCGUCGGGACGAGCAGUCUUCCCCAUCUCCUUUUCACUCCGAGAUGCAACCUUCAGUCCCAGCUGUAGAUAGGGAUAUAGAGCGGAUGUACGGCAUGUACAGCGCUGAUCCGCAUAUUGUGAGACGAGAGGUGUUCUGA